GUGCGGUGGGGCGGGACGGUGCCGCGGCCCCGGCAGUUAGGGCCCGGGGGCGGAGAGGAUGGAGCCCCCGAGGCGUUAGCCGACUCUGUCAGCUCUGAGCGUGCAGCUGUUUCCUGGCGCGGCCCGUGUGAUGGUGCCGGGAGGAAGGAAGCGCCGAGACAGCGCCUCGGUCGGAGCCCGGGUUCCGGGGGUUAGGAGGCCCGGGGACGGCGGACCUUGCGAGCUGGCCGCUGGCUGGGCGAGCGGUCACAAUAGGAGGCGGCGGCCCAGCAAGGAGCCGCGGGAGCAGCCCCGCAGGGCGGAGCUUCCCCUCGCAGAUAUCUCCCGGGUCCAAUUCAGCACCUCUACCUGGCCAUCCUAACAAGGUGAUUUGUGAAAGGGUGAGACUUCAGAGCCUGUUCCCUCUCCUCCCAAGUGAUCAGAAUACUACCGUUCAAGAGGAUGCUCACUUCAAAGCUUUCUUCCAGAGUGAAGAUAGUCCGAGUCCCAAGAGACAGCGCCUCUCUCAUUCAGUCUUUGAUUAUACAUCAGCAUCACCAGCUCCCUCACCACCAAUGCGACCAUGGGAGAUGACAUCAAAUAGGCAGCCCCCUUCAGUUCGAUCAAGCCAACAUCACUUCUCAGGGGAACGAUGCAACACACCUGCACGCAACAGAAGAAGUCCUCCUGUCAGGCGCCAGAGAGGAAGAAGGGAUCGUCUGUCUCGACAUAAUUCCAUUAGUCAAGAUGAAAACUAUCACCAUCUCCCUUAUGCACAGCAGCAAGCAAUAGAGGAACCUCGAGCCUUCCACCCUCCGAAUGUAUCUCCCCGUCUGUUACAUCCUGCUGCUCAUCCACCCCAGCAAAAUGCAGUAAUGGUUGACAUACAUGAUCAGCUCCAUCAGGGCACUGUCCCUGUUUCUUACACAGUAACAACAGUGGCACCACAUGGGAUCCCACUCUGCACAGGCCAGCACAUCCCUGCUUGCAGUACACAACAGGUCCCAGGAUGCUCUGUGGUUUUCAGUGGACAGCACCUCCCUGUCUGUAGUGUGCCUCCUCCAAUGCUUCAAGCAUGUUCAGUUCAGCACUUACCAGUACCAUAUGCUGCGUUCCCACCCCUUAUUUCUAGUGACCCAUUUCUUUUACAUCCUCCUCACCUUUCUCCCCAUCAUCCUCCUCAUUUGCCACCACCAGGCCAGUUUGUCCCUUUCCAAACACAGCAAUCACGAUCGCCUCUGCAAAGGAUAGAAAAUGAAGUGGAACUCUUAGGAGAACAUCUUCCAGUAGGAGGUUUUACUUACCCUCCAUCAGCCCAUCCCCCAACAUUACCUCCAUCAGCUCCUUUGCAGUUCUUAACCCAUGAUCCUUUGCAUCAGGAGAUGUCCUUCGGAGUACCUUAUCCUCCAUUUAUGCCUCGGAGGCUCACAGGACGUAGUAGAUAUCGAUCCCAGCAGCCAAUACCACCUCCCCCUUAUCAUCCCAGCUUACUACCAUAUGUAUUAUCAAUGCUCCCAGUGCCACCUGCAGUGGGCCCAACUUUCAGCUUUGAAUUGGACGUGGAAGAUGGAGAAGUAGAAAAUUAUGAGGCCCUGUUAAACCUGGCAGAGCGACUGGGAGAGGCUAAGCCUCGAGGACUGACUAAAGCAGAUAUCGAACAGCUUCCUUCUUAUCGGUUCAAUCCUAACAACCACCAGUCAGAACAGACUUUGUGUGUAGUAUGCAUGUGUGAUUUUGAGUCAAGGCAGCUACUUAGAGUUUUACCCUGUAACCACGAGUUCCAUGCCAAGUGUGUCGACAAAUGGCUUAAGGCAAAUCGUACUUGCCCAAUCUGCCGAGCUGAUGCUUCAGAAGUGCAUCGGGAUUCAGAAUGACCAACCUAAGAGCACAAAUUUAGUUUGGGUGUUCCUCAUCACAUGUAUAUACGAACUAUCCAUUGAACUUAAUCUGUGUGGCUUCCAGCCCUCCCUUUACCAAAAGGGUCAAUGGACCUUUCUUUGCACUGUGUGACUUAAUCAACUAUAAAAGCUUACAAUUAGUCUUCACAAUUA